UUCAGUUCCCCUGAAAUGCCUACUUCUGAAAAUUUUGAUCAAUUGCUUAAGCGGUUUGGAAGUGCAACAUUCAGUGCUAAGCCUGACAGCUGGAACACGAACACAGAUGCUCAAAAUCCUUCUGAUGCAAAUGAAACUUACAGAUACGAGUAUGGUGUUCCUGUACAGACAGCGGAUGCAUUUCUAAGACUGCCUAGUCCUGUUGUCUCCUCUUGGUGCUCUGAUGCGAAUCCUGCAGGGUUUUUAGUAAACCAGGCUACAAAGUGCACUAGAACAGUAAGUGUGGAAGAAUGCGGCAACAUUCAAGCGCUUAAUAUGCUGUUCUAUAUCAACUCCAGCAUUUUAGCAGUGCCCAAAUCAAGUCAGAUGGUUAAUAUUGCUGUCCAGUCCAUAGUUGUCCAGUCUCUGAAUGGAAUGCGGACUUUACUUAAUGGUAGUGAUGUCCUCAGGCUCCCUAUGAUUUUGGAUGAACUGUGCAUAAAUAUAGUUCUUGGGGUGAGUUAUCACAUUACAUACACAGACGCAGGAGAAAUAAUAGAAGCAGCUGCUUCUUUUGUCUUGGGGGCAAUUAACAAAGAAGCACUUUCAAUACAGCAGAGCUUUGAAAUCAGCUUUACUCAGGUAAAUACAAAGCCGGUUCCUCUCAGUGGUAAUCCUGGUUAUGUUGUUGGACUGCCUCUAAGAGCAGGCUUCCGGCCACAAGGAUCUGGCAUCAUUCAAAAUACUAACAAAUACAGUCAACUUACCAUUCUGCAAAGUACAUCCAACCAGGACUGUCUGGCAGUACAGGGAGCCAGAACCCCAAUAUUGUUUGGUUAUAACAUGAUAUCAGGCUGUAAGUUACGAAUUACAGCAGCUAUGAAAUGCCAGCCCUUGACUCAGACCCUCCUAGAUUUACUGAAGGGACAAAGCUUUCCUGAAUAUGUGGCCUCAUUUGGAAAUUCUCAAGCCCAGGAUGUGCUCGACUGGGUGCCAGUAACUCACCUCCACACCUCAGAACAGAGCUCAUGCCAAAUACCAGUAUCACUUGAAAUAGAAGUGAAGUGGACUAAAUACGGAUCCCUAGUCAAUCCACAAGCCAGAAUAAUGAAUGUUACAGCAACAAUUACUACCACCACCCUGAAGCAGCUUCCCUCAGGAAGGGAAAGGACUAUUCCUAUAACAAGUUCUGUUGUUUUCACUGAUAUUUCUUCACCUGCGGAGCCAGGCUAUAAGGCUUGGCCCACCAUUAAUGCCAAGUUACCCUUUGAUUUUUUCUUUCCAUUUGUCUAAGGUAAGUAUGAA